CAGCACCCAAGACGAUACCGAGCCUCAGCCGCCUCUUGUACACUUUCAAAAUGGCCACUCGACGCAUUGUUGCUACUGAAAAGACCUUCCUUGAUAAGGAUGAUCCCAUUGAUGAGAAUUCUAGCACUGCUCCUGCCGUUCCCAGCCAAGUUAUCUACAAGCUUCUAGCAUUCACUUUUGCCAUGAUUGUGGUCCCCAUUGGUUCCUAUUUCCUCACUGUUAAUACCGUCUUUCGUGGAAACUCUUCUCUGGCUGGUGGCUUGGCUGCUGUCUUGGCCAAUGUCGUCCUUGUGGGAUACAUUAUUGUAGCUAUGAAAGAGGAUCAGUCGGACAAACAAAAGCCAGAGAGCAAGAAGGACAAGUAGACACAGCGUCAUAUAUAAAGUUGAUUCACUCUUUCAUAAAUUUCUAUCCGGCAAAAGAAGAGUCUCAGGGGCAACCGUCUCAAUUAUUUUCUCGGGUCAUC